GUGAAGCAGCGGAGCUGUCCACUCCACCGGAGGUGCUGAAAGCAGGAUUUCCACGUGAAUUAUUUCGAAAGGAAUACACGAGCCGGGUUUAUAACUUCGUCAAAGGAUUGCCACUCUGAGGACGUUGUGUAACCAAAGCGUCAUUGGAUUUAUUUACACUCUCUGAAAGUAAUACCGUCAUUUGACGACCUUUCGCGGGAAUACCUUUCUGGAUGACUUAUAGUUGGAUACACAGGAGGGCACUCAUGAGAGGCUUCAGACGGUGCUGGGCAGCGCUCCUGCUCUGGGGGGCAGUUUUGAUUUCCGAGGCGCGUCCCUCCAAGGAUGGAUUUACCCCAAUGGCCUAUCGACCUCUCGUCAGAUUCCGUCACAAGCAGGACGGGAUCUCAGAGAAUUUACGGAUUAAGGGGUUCUUCAGUCAGGGUAGCUUUUCUGGGCCCUGUGAACAUAAGUACUGUGGUUUGGGGAAGCACUGUGUGGUGAACAGAGAAACCGGUGAAGGAGAAUGUCAGUGUCUGGAACGCUGCAAGCCGCAUUACAAACCCGUGUGCGGGUCCGACGGCAAACUCUACCAGAACCACUGUGAGCUUCACAGAGCCUCCUGCGUGGCCCAUCAGAGAAUUACCAUCAUGCACAGUGAGGAAUGCUUCUACAAAGAUGAUAACUGUCGUCUGGGAGAUUAUAAAAAAUUGAAGAACAAGAUGUUGGACUUGCACGCUCAAAGAUACUUGACCCCCAGUAACCAUGGUAGCCAUGAGAAAGAUAUGGCGACUAGGAAGCGUCUGGUGGACAUGAUGUUCAAGCGCUUUGACGCAGAUGGUAAUGGACGAGUUGACAGCAGUGAGCUCUCACAGGUCAUCAAGCAGGAAGGUCUAAGCAGGACAACAUCCGAGUGCACGCUGUUCGAUCUGUUCAAAUACAAUGACGUCAAUGAUGAUGAACACCUCACUAAAGACGAGUUCUACGCUGCCUUCGAGGUCUAUCAGCUCAGCCUGCCUGAUGACCAGAAGCUCAGUAUCACCACGGUAACGGUGGGUCAGAGCGCCGUGCUCACAUGUGCCAUCACGGGUGACCAACGGCCGCCUAUUGUCUGGAGACGCAAUAACCACGCCCUCAACAUGAUGGAGCUUGAAGAUAUCAAUGAUUUUGGAGAUGAUGGGUCACUGUACAUCACCAAGAUUACCACCACACACAUGGGCAACUACACCUGCCACGCAGACGGAUAUGAGCAGCUUUUCCAAACGCACACCCUGCAGGUUAAUGUGCCUCCGGUAAUCCGGGUGUAUCCAGAGAGCCAGGCACGUGAGCCGGGGGUCACAGCCAGUCUGAGAUGUUAUGCUGAGGGCAUCCCGGACCCACAGCUCUCAUGGCUGAAAAACGGAAUGGACAUCACCACAAAACUCUCCAAACAACUCACACUUCAGGCUAAUGGAACCGAGGUGCACAUCAGCAACGUUCACUUCGAGGACACGGGCGCGUACACCUGCAUCGCCCGGAAUGAGGCGGGCGUGGACGAAGACAUCUCAUCUCUGUUUGUGGAGGAUUCAGCUCGAAAGACUCUGGCAAACAUUCUCUGGAGAGAAGAAGGUUUGGGAAUCGGAAACAUGUUCUAUGUGUUUUAUGAAGAUGGUAUUAAAGUCAUCCAGCCGGUGGCCUGUGAGAUUCAGAGACACAUCAAACCCAGCGAGAAGCUUCUUGGCCUGCAGGAGGAGGUUUGUCCAAAAGCGGAGGGUGAGACAGAUCAAAAGUGUCUGUGGACAUCAGCAGUCAACGUGAAGGACAAGUUCAUUUACGCCACUCAACCUCUGCUCAACAGACUGCUCAUUGUAGACAUCCAAUCCCAGAAGGCUGUUCAGACUGUGAGCACAGACCGGGUUCCAGUCAAGCUGCACUAUGACAAGUCACAUGACCAGGUUUGGAUUCUGAGCUGGGGAGACCUCGAGAAAAACUUUCCUACACUCCAGGUGAUCAGUCAGGCCAGUGGAAGCACAUCCCAUCACACCAUCCACACCCAACCAGUUGGCAAUCGCUUCGACAGGGUGGAGGAUUUCUUCAUACCUCCCAUAAGCCUCACCAUCAAUCACAUAAGGUUUGGAAUGAUCCUUCACAAGAAUGAACCAGCUCUUCACAAGAUUGACUUGGAAACCACUUCUUACGUGAAGAACAUUAGUCUGAAGGAGUACGAUUGCAUCCCACAAUCCCUCGCUUACACACAUCUGGGUGGAUACUACUUUGUCAACUGUCGUCCGGAUUCGACAGGCGCAGAUCAGCCACAAUUAAUCAUCGACAGCGUUACGGACAAUGUCAUCGGUCCUAAUGGGGACGUGAGUGGCACACCUUAUGUGUCUCCUGACGGCCACUAUCUGGUAAGCGUGGAUGACCGUGAUGGGCUCAUGCGUUUGCAGCACUUGUCCGUGCGAGGCGAGAUCGGCCAGCCCUUCGACAUUCACACUAACUUGCACCUGUCUGAUCUCGCCUUCAUGCCCUCUUUCACCGAGGCUAACCAGUACAAUGUGUUCGGCAGCUCCGGCCAGCAAACGGAUGCUCUUUUUGUGGAGCUUAGCACUGGUAAUGUGAAGAUGAUCAAGAGUCUAAAGCAGCCCACACCGUCAGCGCAAUGGCUCUGGAGCCAGAAGAACAGGGUGAUGACUGGAAGUGGCCUGUUCGGACAGUAUCUCAUGACCCCUUCCCAAAGCUCCCUGUUUAUACUGGAUGGACGCUUGGAUAAGCUCAACUGCGAGAUCACCGACGUUCCGUUGGGAAACACUGUGGUGUGGGUGGGUGAGGCAUAAGUCGUGUUUAAAGAAGAGGAAAACAGAUUACAGCUGCACUAAAUUCAAUCUCUGUUUAAUUUAUUGAGAAAGAAAUCUCAACAUUUGAAACAAAUAACAAAAUUGACUGUUCAAAAACCCUCAUUUGAAACGAUCCAAAUGAUUGAUGGGAAAUGCUUUGUUUAAGUCAGCCAGGUUUCCGAAUCUAAUUGCUAAAAAAGUAGUUUCUACAAACUAGCACUGUCUUUUAUUAAGAAAUUCAGCAGGAAUCACUUUCUGUCAUGGUGAGAAUAGUUUACCUCUAAAUGGGUGAAUCAAUUCAACUGAUGAUACAAUGGGCCUAUAAACACACAAAAACAACCGCUUAAUGCAGUUAAUCAUUUUCAGAAUGUCUUCAUUUCCCAACCAACGCUUAAAAGGCUCACACAAAAUGCGUUCAGGCCACUUUUUCCAGUGCCUUGAAGGAAUGCUCACUAAAAAAGAAAAGUAAUUAUUUCCCCCAAGCCUGCGGAUUAAACACUCCAUGGCUUUUCCACAUGUGCAAUGAAAUUGAGACCGAAAUUGCUCCACUUAAAUUUCACCUGUUUAUAACUCCUACGGACCCUAAGGCAUAUCUGGCUUAUUAUAACAGCAUCACGCUGAGAAUCUGUCACCCACUGUGGAGAUUGAGAUGCCUGUAGUUUUGUGUUUGACAACUGUUAAUAGUUGAGAAAGGUUUGGGUGCAAAACAAUGACGAAAACAACUGUGUGACCCCCAAAAACAUGUUUUAUUAGAACCUUGACAAAAAGACCUACAGUGGUAAGAUCAGGGGGGCUGUGUCUAUUAAACAAUAAACACAACAUACGGUUAUGAUCAUAUUUAAUCUUAGUAAGAGAUGUUAGAGUUGUUUGGGAAAUUCAAGAGCACGUAAAGAAUACAUGUUUAAGUUGACUUAGCUCGCAUUUGCAAUGCCGCAACAGAGUCUGCUUCAGUUGCCAGUGCGUUGUGUGAUGUUAGACAUAAUUUAAGCAUUGUAAGGGUGACAUAGCUGGUGAACAUUUAAUUUAAAGUUUUUGAUGAAUGUCACAAUGCUACAAGAGCACUAACAAAGGAAUUGUAGUGUCUGUAGGAAGCACAAAUGCGUGCUCACAAUGUUGAAUUAUUUCCUCAAUGGACAGAGUCUAUGCAUUUACAUUGACACGCCAGCCAAGAGGCUGCAUGGAUUAAGCUUUCCCCUCCAAAUUACCUACAUUAUGGUCGGAUUUAGUAAUUUGCCAUUCUUUUUGUUUUUGUUGAUAGAUUUUGUAUAAACAGACAGUCAUUCAAGCUAUUUAUUGUACCCUAUUUACUUCCCCCUCCAUAACCAUGAAUGCUUUAAUUUUUCGCAAGUUUUACUACUGUAAAUAGGAGAUGCUCACGUACAAUACACUCGCUAGCCUAAAUCUUCUAUAAAUGGUUUGGUUUGUUUUCCUCAUUUAUUUUUAUGAUGAAAGGAACCGCACCGUCUUUGUUUCACAGAUGACCAAGUACAUUGUGAUGUCAUACCCAGAGAUUUCAUCAGCCCCAUGUAGCCAUGUAUGUUAAUUCUUGUGGUUGUUAUUUAUGUAGAGAAACAUGCUUGACAUUUUGGCAG